CAAACACAACCGACCAAAACCUCUUCUAAUCCUUUUAAAAUAAUAAUUUUUUGGUAGUGGUCAAUGAAAACAAAUAACUUUGCUCCAAAAAAGGUUCUUCAUUCACGCGAGAAGGUGCCACGAGUCUUAAAUCUGGGUUACCCCUUAAAUCUCUGGCAUCUGUCGUUGAGGCAUUUCAUCGAAUACGACAUAGGCGACUUUCUGUCCGAAGCAGAAUUAAAAACCAACUCUCUGUGUAGUGAAUUGUGAUUAAUUCAAGCAAGGAUGACUGACUGGGGCCCUGUUGUGAUAGCGGUGGUGCUGUUUGUGCUGCUGAGUCCAGGAUUGUUGUUUCAGUUACCUGGGAAAAGCAGAGUGGUGGAGUUUGGGAACAUGCAUACAAGUGGGUUGUCGAUUCUGGUCCACACCAUCAUUUUCUUUGGCCUCAUCACCAUCUUCCUUAUUGCAAUUGGUGUUCAUAUCUACACUUGAUGAUUAUUGAGCUACUCUGUCUUCUAUCAAUACUGAAGUUGGGUUUCAAGAAAGGUACUCUCUUUAUACUCCCAAUUCUCUAUUGAAACACAGAAAGCCCUUCCUGUUUUGUAUUGUAUUUGGCUUUAUUUGUGUUUCUCUUCUGGGUUUUUUGUGGUUCAACUCUUGUUUUCUUGUAAUUUUGCUCUUGUUUUCUGAUACAAUCACAGAAUUUGUAAGACACAAGAUUCAGCAAUGAUUUCUUAAGUUUGUAUUUAGAAUGAAGCAAGGAUGCUUUUG